CGCGCACGAUGCGAAGGCAGAAUUGGAGAAUAAAAGACCCCAAAUCUUUCUCGACGGUAUUUCUCUACCCGUUCCGAUCAUCCCUCUCUCUCGAGCAUUUUCUGCGUUUCCUCGCCGCAGCCGAAAUAUCCAAGGUGCAAAUGGUGCAAUGGAAUAAAGCGCGAAAAUAAGAGAUUUCGUUUUCGAAGCGGAGAGAAACUUUUUCCCAUUCGAACUAAUUUCGACGUAAGGAAAAACGAGCGAGCCGAGUAACUCAAUCGGUUAUAUUCGUCUAUUGCGAAGCGUCAAUUGUCCCAAGAAAAAUGAAGGGCUAUAUUAAACGUGACGAGGAAGGCAGACCAGUUGUUGACAGCAAUGGAUUUAUUACAAUUUCAUGCGAAGAUGACAGCUUGGUUUUUCAACUACAUUUAUCAGAAAUUGAUGAAAAGGCAGAGCAAAUGUGCUUCAAUGUCAAUGGUACAGAUAUAUAUAUCGAUGUUUAUCCAUGGGAAAUGAUUGAGAAUGAUUCCGAAAAUGACAAAACAGAUAAUGCAGUUACUCCAGAAGAAGAUAAAACAAUUGUCCCAUCGACAAGCAAAAGUGGAAAUGCGCAUUUUCCUUGGUGUGAUGCCUCAACAAAAAUCUUUUUGAAAGAAUAUAAACUCAAGAAGGAAAUGGUAAAGAAUCGAUUACUGAAAAAUAUGAAGCUUGCGUAUCAAGAAAUAUCCAAAAGUUUGCAAGAUAAUGGAUUCACUGUAUCUCCUCUACAAGUAGAAAAUAGAUUUAAAACAUUGAAACGUGCUUAUAAAAAUAUGAUAAUGCAUAAUAGGAGGAAUGGAAGGGGAAAAUAUAUCUGCAGUUAUGAACAAGAUCUAGAUGAAAUCUUUUCCAAAAAUCUUCUAGGUGAUGAUACAGAUAUGAAAGAUGAUUAUGCAGAGUCAGAGUCUGGAAAGAGUACUAAAAAUCAUCAACCACAAGCGAUUCUUACAAGAAAUGCUAUAUCCAAUGAAACAGUAUGUAAUUCUGGCAAAAAUGAACAAUAUGCCAGAUUGGAAGCUCAGCAUAUGAAGUUAAUUGAUAAUCUGCAAAACUAUCAACGUAUGAUAAAGAGUUUAAUCACCAAAACAGACAACAGAAGUAAAACAUGCAAUGAUACACAAAAUAAAAUCUUGCAAAUAUGUAUGGAAAUGCAUGAUAUGCAGAAAGAAGCAUAUGCUCGUGCGGAAGAACAGAGAGAGAAAGCCAAUUUGCAGAGAGAAAUAAGAAAUAAUUUGCUCGAAGAAAUGUUAACGAUCCUAAGGCCUAAACAGGAAACAUAAUGCAAUCACUGUCAGAUAAGCAAAUGUGUAAUGCCUUGUUUUCAUUUUUAAUAAUUGCAAAAUAAAUUUAUUUAUUUUGUUAAAUGUAGGGAAAUCCUGACAUCUCGUUUUGUACAUUUUAUAAGUUUGUUACAAGACUAACAUUCUCUUAUCUGGCAACUUAUUACAAAUUGUAAUAAUACCUAUUACAAAUUGUAUAUUUAUGCAAUUUUUUUACAUAAGUGUAAAUAAGUAAAUGUACAUGUAUAUUAAUAUAAAAGUAUCAAAACUUAUUUUUCAUUAUCUUAUUCAGAACUACAUGGAAACAAGAAGAUGACAAAUCAAUGACAUGGAAAAGCAUGAUUCUUACGUUGUUGCAUUGUUGAUUGACAUAUAAAUUAUUAAUUUAAGCUACAUUAGGAAUCAAAAGUUUGAGCUCAAAUUCAACUUAUUUUU